AUGGUCUCCCUCCGACUGCUGAACAAAGUCAGUCACCACUUUUGCGCCGGAUCGAUCAUUUCUGAGCGGUACAUCCUCACUGCCGCCCACUGCACCAUUUUCCCGGAAGGCAUUGGUGAUCCAAAGGGAAACAACGUGGUGGUGGUGAUUGCCGGAAUCAAUCGACGGCAGAAGGUGCCCAAAGGGCUCUACCUCUCCAAGCGUUUCAUCGUUCACAAGCAGUACAGUAAUCGCACCAAUGAGAACGACAUUGCCCUUCUUCAGCUGACCGAGCCCAUACGGUUCACUGAUGGAGUGAAGGCGGUGCCGAUGGCAUCCAUCCCGCCGCCCGUUGGAGCACUGGCCACUCUGGCCGGCUGGGGAGUCAACAAGAUUUUUCCCAGUCUUCAGAUGCCGGCUCGUUUGCAGGAAAUUACCAACAUGAAGGUUCUCAGAACGGAGCAGUGUAAUGAACUGCUGCCCGCUAGUUCUCAAAUGAAUAGCAGUUCGGAAGGACAGCUGUGCACUAUUCUGCCAAAAGGAAAAGGCGCCUGUAUGGGCGAUUCAGGUGGUGGACUGCUUGUGAACCACACUUUAGUGGGAAUUGUCAGCUAUGGAAUACCGUGCGCUUUAGGCUAUCCGGAUGUUUUUACCUCCGUUGCCCACUAUCGAGAUUGGAUCAGGACAAAUGCUGGAAUUUAG